CAAACAAAUUACUUAUUUUAUUUUUGUUAAAAUCUUGAAAUUUCUAUAGAAAAUGAAGACGAUUUUCUUCUUUAUAACUUUUAUAGUUCUUGUUUCAUCAUGUACAUCAAAUAUUAUGACAAAAUCUAUUUCACAAGUAAAAUCUCAGUUUUUCAGCCCUGCAUUGAGCCCUAAUGUUGAUCCAGCGGACGAACAUAUUGGACACUCUCCCGAUGAUAUGAAAAUUAUCUUUUGCCAACAAUGUGCAUUUCAUUGUAUUGAGAAAAAGAAGAAUAUAGGUAAUUGUGAAAAUUCUAUUUGUCGUUGUACAUUGGAAGACAUUUUGUAAAACAUUCCCUUUUUAAAAUAA